AGCACUCGCGGCGCAAUGCCUGGGAAGCAUGUUUCAAGAGUCCGGUCUUUAUAUAGGCGAAUCUUGCAGCUACAUCGAGCUCUGCCCCCGGACCUCAAAGCCCUGGGUGACCAGUACGUGAAGGACGAAUUUAGGAGACAUAAGACUGUUGGUCCUGGCGAGGCCCAGCGUUUCUUGAAGGAAUGGGAGACAUAUGCAGCAGUGUUAUGGGAACAAGCUAAGGACAGCAGACAGAGUCCAACCGGAACAGCAAGUUUUGGCACCUCUCUCCCAGAAGAAAAACUCAACGACUUUCGAGAUGAGCAAAUUGGACAGUUGGGAGAGCUGAUGCAAGAAGCUACCAAACCCAAUCAUCAGUUUAGUAUCACGGAGUCUACAAAACCACAGUUGUGAUACAAUAGCCUUAACAAAGUGGCUAACAUGUAUAACCUGUUACCUCGUCUACUAUUGACUCUCUAAAAUAUAUUCUUUCAGCUUUAAUGGAAUAGUCUCAUUUUUGGACAAUAUGAACAAUGCAUGGAUCAAGAUCACAAGUGGCACACUAUGUCACCAUUGCAAUGACAUAUUUAUUUGCUGUGUAGAAUGUAGUUUGUAGAAUUUAACCUAUGGACUUAAAGAAGGGCUGUUAAAAAGGAUACACUUUGGAAUUAUGCUUAAUUUUUUUUUUGUAUCUGAAUGUGUUUUAAAUUCUCUUCCCAUCAAGCACUAGCCUCCUGGUUUGUCUCUAGCUUCACCAGUUAUAUAAACAUAUCAUAAUAACAGAAGGUGUGGAAUUCCAAUAAGUUUAUUAUUAGACAUAUUGUGAUUCUGAAAAUCCCACCAUUUAUCAUACAUUUAAAAAUAAAUUAUCUAUCAAAACCUG